UUGUGCGGUUUUAAGAAGAACGAAUGGCAAGAGCAAGGACAUCAUAAUCUUGCGAAAGAAAGAGGCAGACCGUUAUACCAUGCAGGUGAGUGAUGGCCCUACCCGCCCCGUUUUCGUUGCUCCGCCAAACGGCAACAGCCAGCGGUCGCCGAGUUACGUCCCAGGUCGGAUUGUGCCGGUUCGAUCUCCGCCUCCUCCCAAAGCCCCGCCCCCUCCGCCAGUUAAACCAGUGAUCAAGCCCCCAUCUAGGCCGACGACCUUUAACCUUUCAGAGAAUGGACAGCAGCGGGAACGCGCUCAAAGCCAGCUGAGGAGGAAUACCUACAUCUGUACGGCAGUUUUCAUUGGAGUGCCAUUUUUUGCUCUCAUCCUCAUCGUCGGGCUAACUUCUCGAGACGUCCUCGAUGAGAACUGCCCUGAUCAUGACCCAUUUCUGCAUAACUGGAGCCCAGGCCAUGACCUUCGGAAGGCCGUGGUUGUCCGCAGUGGAGACAAAUUCCGUCUAGUGUCCUCCGCAACCCUGCACUCUUUAACCAUCCAGUCAGGAGGAGUGGUUGUCUUUGCUGAUGACAAAGACGGCUCCAAAAACCUCACCCUGAGAACCCACCAUGUUCUGAUCGAGGACGGAGGCGCGUUACAUAUCGGCGGUCCGAAAUGCCGAUAUCGCUCACGUGCCACAAUCGCUUUAGUGGGCCGGUCCGAUGAUACAUCGGUUAUGGAGGUCCCCGGAAUGGGCCGGAAGUUUAUAGGGGUUCGGGCGGGUGGCACUUUAGAGCUCCAUGGCUUGGAACGGCUCACCUGGACCCUGCUGACCCGGACGGUACCAGCGUCGGGUCUCCCAAUGGGGAGUUAUUUGUUCCAAAGGAACUUUAGCCGCGGAAUCAACCUGCGUGUUGUGGACCAGGACACGGGGGCCGUGCUCAUGGCCGAACGUUUCGAUACGCACGACUCCAAAAAUGACAGUCGACACCUGACGGAGGUUCUAAAAGCUCUUCCCAAAGGGCGGAUCGUCACUCUGGCCGUUGGAGAUUCGGCCGUCAAGAGCUUGCUGGAUGAAACAAAGAGAACCAUCCAGAACCUUCUGGGAAGCUCUUACGUCAAUGAUCUGAAAUACAGGCAGGCCUGGGCCCUGGUGUCUGUGGUUGGAGGGGGGAAUGGCUCCUGUACCGAGGAAGUUCGGGAACAUGAGAACCAUGACACGGGCGGUAAGGCGCUGGCUCGCCGAGACUUUGUGACCGUGGAUGGAGUGAGAUUCAGCGUCAGCGCCUACAGCGAGUGGAGAAACGGGUACCCAGUCUCCGGUUUCCAGGUGGACGCAGUGGACCAGGUGAUCCUCAAUCUGCAGGACGAUGUUGGGACGUGGAGGCCUGGAGAUCAGAUCGUUGUGGCCAGUACCGACUACUCCAUGCACCAAGCGGAGGAGUUCACUCUGUUACCCUGUCCAGAGUGCACCAAGCGGCAGGUCCGAAUACAAGGGAAGCCACAAUUCACCCAUAUGGGAGAGAUAGUGAAUGGAGUGGACAUGAGAGCUGAGGUAGCUCUCCUCUCCAGGAAUAUCCUCAUCCACGGAGAAAUGGAAAACUCCUGCUACGGAAAAAACUGGUGCCAGUUCUUUAACUACGACACCUUUGGAGGACACAUCAAGAUUUUGAGGAAUUUCUCGUCAGUACAUCUGUCCCAAGUGGAGCUGAAGCACAUGGGCCAGCAGGAGAUGGGAAGCUACCCCGUCCACUUCCAUCGGUGUGGGGAUGUGGACGAACAGGGCGGAUAUACUUCUCCAACCUAUGUGGACUCCCUCUCCAUCCAUCACUCCUUCUCUCGCUGCGUCACAAUCCAUGCCACCAAUGGCCUUCUGGUGAGAGACACAGUUGGCUAUGACAUGCUAGGUCACUGUUUUUUCCUGGAGGAUGGAAUUGAACAGAGGAACACAUUUUAUCAUAACUUGGGACUAGUGACCAGACCCGGUACAAUUCUUCCCACUGACCGUAACGAGACCAUGUGCAUUACAAUAAGAAAUAAAGUGUACGGCAGCUACACCCCAUCACCAUCCACAGAGUGCAAGGCAGUGUCUACAUUUUGGAUUGCCAACCCUAAUAAUAACCUGAUUAACAAUGCAGCUGCUGGAUCCCAGGAUGCAGGUAUCUGGUAUGUAUUCCACAGCUCUUCCACUGGUGAUUCUCACGGGCUGGUCCCAGAGACGAGAGCAGAGCUCACUCCUCUUGGAAUCUUCUACAACAACCGUGUUCACUCCAAUUUUAAGGCAGGACUUUUCAUUGAUAAAGGAGUGAAGACCACCAAUGCCAGUGCUUCUGAUCCACGGGAAUACCUCUGUUUGGAUAACAAUGCAAGGUUCCGGCCUCAUGAAAAUGCAGAUCCAAACCAACCCAGGGUUGCAGCCCUUAUAGACACACUCAUCUCAUUCAAGAACAAUGACCUAGGUGCCUGGAUACGAGGAGGUGACAUCAUCAUUCAGAACUCGGGAUUUGCUGAUAAUGGCGUCGGCCUGUCUUUUGCAAGUGAUGGUAGCUACCCUAAAGACGAGGGCUCCAGUCAGGAAGUGUCCGAGUCAUUGUUUGUGGGGGAGAGCAGGAACCGUGGCUCAAAUGGAGGACAGAACAAGUACUGGGGCGUUGGAGGAGUGGAUAAGAAAAUGAGGACUUUGCCAAGGAACAAAACGUUCCCGAUCCGAGGGUUCCAGAUCUACGAUGGUCCGGUGCGACUGCUGAAGAGCACGUUCAGGUCCUAUGUUCCCACCCCCGAUCGUUAUACCAGCGCUGUAGGCUUCAACCUGAAAAACACCUGGCAACUCACUCCCAGGAACAACCUGUCUUCUCUCUCCUUUCAGCCCAGUGUAACUUUGAGGGCAUUCUUUGGGCAGCCUGGCCAGUGGUUUGAAGACAAUGACCUGGAUGGAGAUAAAAACUCAAUCUUCCAUGACUUGGAUGGUUCUGUCUCAGGUUAUCCAAACACCUACGUGGGAAGAGCGGACAACUUUCUCAUUCGUCACCCUCAGUGUGUUAACAUGAGUGAAUGGAACGGGGUGGUGUGCAGUGGAAGGUACUCUCAGGUAUACAUUCAGACCAGACUUGCGUCUAAUCUGGCCUUAUCCAUCAGCAGAGAUGAGUACCCAGACAGGCCUAUGGUACUGAGAGGCAUUAACAGCCAGGCAGCCCAGACCCAGCAGUACCAGCCUGUCCUCAUGAUGAGUAAGAGUUACACCCUGCACUGGGAUGGGCCUGCACCCAGAGAGAUAGUCCUCUCCCUCAUCAACUUUGACCAAGGAGACUGGGUCCUGGUUGGCCUCUGUUACCCCACUGACACGACCUUCCAGAUUAUGUCAGACAUUAACGACCGCCAGAACAACGUCUUUGAAGACAUUGAGGAUUAUGGUCGUGUCAACUCUCUGUCUGACCUGGAGAAACGACCUCUGGACAGGAAGUACUUCUUCGACAGCUCAGUUGGGUUGCUGUGGUUAUAUUUGCGAGCGAGGCACGGACGUGAAGGCCACAGUUACUGCUCCGUCCGCGGCUGUGAGAGAGUGAAGAUAACGGCAAACACGCGCUCCAAACAAGUUUCCAACUGCACAGCCAAAGCCUACCCAAAAUACGCAAAGUCCCCAAACGCCGCGGUGUCCAUGCCAACGCUAUCCAAAACGGCCUGCUCCCACUGCGGAGCCGCGAAGCUCGUCUUCUCCAGUGACCCAUGGAACAACUACCUCCAUACUCAGAUCAGGUCUGUCAGUCCUGGGGAACAGAAGAACGGGACUGACUCUCCCUACAUCACUGUGAACAGGGAGCGGUUCAACCUCACUCAGCCUGGUUUCCUCCUGGUCACUGUGGAUUCCUGCUCUGGCACAGUCACAAAGAAGUCAUUGUUUUCCAAGCUGAACUCUGACUUGGAGCAGUUCUUUAGAACGGGAAUUCCUAAGAGGUCGAUUGUUCUCCUUGCAACGAGAGGACAGCUUGAUGGUCUUGCUGGUGUGGCGAAAUAUCUGGUGCCACUGGGGGCAGCCAAGGUGGCAGAUCUACAGAGAAAAGAUGGCUUGGCUUUCUUUGGUCUCCAGGGAGGUUUAAGCACCCCACCAUGGGUGGCUCUCUUUUCCAGCCAGGGAGAUGAUGUCCUGGGCGUACAAGAGAAGUUUAUCCCCCUGGGUCUGGAGGAGUAUGGGUGUCCAAAAACUGAUCCACCCAAACGGAAAGAUCUUGAACUUCUGAGGAAAGCGCUGAACCAGAAAUGAAACCUAUCCAAAUGUGAACUUAAAAAGGACAAACCCUACAAUGGAAGGAACGGAUGAAUGUGAACUAAUGAACUUUGUGUAUUUAUUUAUAGCAAAGAAAGUGGUGGGUAUUUUAUUGUGUGAGUAUGUGUGUGUAUGGUUGUGUGUCUGUGGUCGUGUGAGUUGGUUGUGAGCCGUACUGCGCAUACUGAUGCACUUUCUGUAAACACAGCCAAACCUUAAACAGAACAGAGCCAAGCAAAAAGUGAUAUUCACCAGGGAGAAAAUCAAACUCUUCUUUUUCAUGGAAUAACACAGUUGAAACAAAUUGUAUGAAAAAAAAAAAAAAACACACACACAUACAUUUCAUUAAUUUCUGAAGCCAUGAUUAUUGAUCCGAUACCUCUGCAUAAACCUCUAAAAUUGUAUCUCAUUUUAGAUAUAC